ACAAUGACACUAUCGAAUGAAGUCUUUGAAAUUCUCAGAUCUGUUUUGCAAAACAUAAGUGAAGCGAUGGAAAAAGAAUUUAUUAUUGGCCUUGAAAAAGGUUCGCCUGAAUCAUCUAUCGCCAUGUUGCCUUCAUAUAUUCCAGCCCUGCCAGAUGGCACAGAAAUUGGACAAUAUAUAUCAAUCGAUUUAAGUGGUAAAAAUCUUCGUUUGAUGCUUUUGAAAUUGAAAGGAGGUUUGGGUGAACCAGAACAAGUGAAUCAUAAUUAUAUUGUACCAUCAGUUGUGAUGAAAGGAACAGGGGAACAAUUGUUCACCUUUAUUGUGAAUUGUUUAACGAAGUUCUUGAGAGAAGUUGAUUUGUUGGAAGCAUGUCUUCCUGUUGGCUUUGUUUUCUCGUAUCCAUGCGAGCUGCUUUCGAUUCGAUGUGCUCGUCUUUUAUGGUGGACGAAAGGCUUUGAUAUAAAAGAUUGCCUACAAAAAGAUGUUGUUCGACUCCUUGAAGAUGCUCUUGAAAUGAAUAUGUUGACAAAUGUGAAAAUUAAAGCAGUCAUGAAUGAUACAGUUGGGCAGCUAGCAGCUGCUUCAUAUAAGCAUGGACCUCUUUGUACGAUUGGUGUUGUUAUAGGUUAUGGGUGUAACUCAUCUUAUCUAGAAGAUUCGAAGAAUAUAAAGAAAAUUAAUCUUAACGCUGCGGGUUACAAACAUGACAAAAUGAUCGUAGUCACUGAAUGGGAAGAGUUUGGGGCCAAAGGUGAAUUAAACUGUAUUUUCAACAAAUUCGAUAGGCAAGUCGAUGCAGCAUCUGUACAUAGAGGAAGGCAAUUGAUCGAUAAAUUAAUUGGAGCCUUAUAUCUUGGUGAACUUGUACGUCAUGUACUAGCUGAGCUUGUUCAGAAUGGGCUAUUGUUUAAUGGAAUGGUUUGUGAAAAAAUUCAUACACCUGAUUCGUUUCCUACCAAAUAUAUUUCAGAGAUUCUUCGUGAUGACGAAGAGGGUCACAAAGUUUGUCGUCGAAUUUGCGAUGAGUUGGAUGUACCAAGUCAUUGUACAAAAGAUUACGAAAUAAUGUGGGAAGUGUGCCAUGUUGUUUCUCAGCGUUCUGCUAGUAUAGCUGCUGCCGCAAUUGCUGCUCUUCUUCGCCACUUAAAGCAGGAGAAUAUGAAAAUUGGUGUUGGCGGCGCACUUAUACAAUUUCAUCCAACUUUUUUCGAGAUGCUCAAUGAUAAACUAAAGGACCUCGCUCCGGAGUCUGUUCAUUGGGAACUUGUUGCGGCUGAUGAAGGAAGUGCGAAAGGUGCCGCAAUAAUUGCUGCGGUUGUUGAGAAACUUAAACUUUGA